AUGAGCGAAACCGCGGGCGAACCAAGUCAACCAUCUGACAACCAUCCACCAAAAGCAAAACGCUGCUCUGCCGAUUUCAUAUUCGGAAGACAGAUUGGCGAAGGAAGCUUCAGUGUCGUUUACCUUGCCAAAGAUAUCCACACCCAGAAGGAAUGGGCAGUGAAAGUAUGCGAAAAGCGGCAGAUAAUUCGCGAACGGAAGCAGGAAUACGUAAAACGCGAGCGGGAAGCCCUGAACAGGAUGAGCGGUGUUCCGGGGUUUCUGAAGCUGUUCUGUACGUUUCAGGAUCCUACAAAGUUGUUCUUUGUAGUGACAUACGCCCGAAAUGGUACACUACUGGGCCUGAUGGAAAAAAUAAAGAGACUAGAUUUGAAGUCGGUUAAAUUUUACGCUGCUCAGAUUGUGCUUGCAAUUCAAGAGAUGCAUGCGAAGAAUAUUAUCCACAGGGAUUUGAAGCCGGAAAACAUCCUGUUGGAUGACGAGUUUCAUGUUAUGAUAGCGGAUUUCGGAUCUUCGCGAAUCAGCGACGUGCAGGUACUUCAAGUAGAUGACGGAUCGGAUUCUGAUGAGAAGGCCGAAAGACCGCGGAGUGGAAGCUUCGUAGGAACAGCGCAGUACGUAUCACCGGAAAUCCUACGAGGAAGGGGCUCCAGUGAAGCAUCGGAUUUGUGGUCGUUUGGGUGCAUCCUGUACCAGAUGAUUGCUGGCUUCCCACCAUUCCAAGGGCCGAACGACUAUUUGAUAUUUCAGCAAAUCAACAACCUGGAGCUAACCUUUCCGGAGAAUUUUAACAAGGAUGGCGAGGAUUUGGUUCGGAAGCUGCUGGUCCAGAAUCCGCGGGAAAGGUUGGGGAUGAAAGAUCGGUCGCGUUACGAAAGCAUACGGAAGCACAAGUUCUUCGAGGACGUAGACUUCUCCAUUAUUCGAACGACGAGCGCUCCGGUUUCGUUGGAAAGUUCUUCGGAGCAUGAGGGAAGCUUCUUGGGAGACGUCAAACCCGGUUUGGGACCGGAUCAAAUAACGAGACUGCUAGGACAGGAUUGGUUCAGAAUGGGAGCUGCUGGUAGCAGCUCUGAUUUACCCUAA